AUGGUCAAUUUGCGCCGUCGCAUACAUUUUGUUUCUUUCUUUCUUUCUUUCUCUCUCUCUCUCUCUCUCUCUUUGCUCUCGGCAGAUGUAUGUACUUCAACAUCGUCUUCUUCUCUUUUUCUUAUCAAAAAUAACAGGAAAGUUGCCGGCGUUGCCAUGGGAUUGAUUCUCGGCGAUGAAAAGCAUCCGGAGGCUAUCGUGCUCACCGAUAUACUCGGCUCCGAAGACGCUUUAGGUGAUAUGGACUUCAAAUGUGCAGGCGACUCCGACGGGUUUACAGCGUUUCAGAUGGAUAUCAAAGUCGAAGGAAUAACUUUGGAUGUCAUGAGAAACGCGCUCGAGGAGGCCAGACUUGGCAUCGUGCACGUUUUGGGCGAGAUGGAGAAAUCCAACCCGGCGCCGAGAGGCACGAUGGGCGCGAACGCGCCGCAGAUUUCCAAAAUGUCCGUUAACCCGAAGUUUAUCGGGAAAGUCAUCGGUAAAGGAGGCGAGACGAUUAAGGGUAUCAUAGAACGAACAGGCGUGUCUUCUAUUGACGUCGAUGAUGCCGGGAACGUGACGAUUACCGGCCCUGGUGGAUGCGACAUCGAUGGCGCUCGAGAAGUCAUCGAAGGUAUUUGCCUCGAGCCGGAAGUCGGUAAGAUUUAUCGCAACUGCGAAGUUAAGAAAAUCUUAGAGUUUGGUUGUUUCGUUGAAAUUUUUCCAGGCGUGGACGGAUUGUGUCACAUUUCCGAACUCGAAGUUGGACGCGUCGCGAACGUCGUCGACGUGAUCAAAGAAGGCGAGAAAAUGGACGUGAAACUGUUAGAGAUCAACGGGCGAGGACAAAUGAAACUUUCGAGACGAGAGGUGUUACUCGAGGAAGAUCCCGAACUCGCUGGCGACGAUAACCAAGAGCGUGGAAGACGCCCGGCACAGGAACAAGGUGGUAGAUCAGGAGGAAGAGGAGGAAGAUCAGGAGGAAGAGGUCGAGGCCCUCGUCGCGAUAGCGGAGGCUUCGAUAUGGAUGACAAUUAA